AAUUAACAAUAAUUCAGUACAUUAGGUUGUAUGACCGGGGAAAUCGUAUGUAACCGAUAAAUUCAUACGAAACGGAAAACUAAUUAUUGUUAAAUAAGGCGGUACAUAUACUUUCCAAUAAGCUUUCGAGAGUUAAUGAAGUUUAUUCCUUGGCUUUCUAGAUCUUAUUCCUUAAUCAUCAGUUACCAACACAGUCAUACCCAGAGAUUAUUGUUAUAGCCAGCUAAAAUAUUGUUGGUAUAUUGCCUAUCAUCGUGGAUUGUGUAUUCAUUUAGUUGCGUUACCUGUUUUAAAUAUAAGUUGUUUAUUUACCUUCGAAUGCAACGCUUGAAUGUGCAAUUGAUAAACAAUUUAAUGAAAUAUAACAUGGCAGCUUCACAAAUACGCGAAAUAGCCUAUAAAGCAUAAUAAUGCACUAAUGACAAAUAGCCAACAUGGACGCAAUUAAGGUCGAGCCCGAUUCAGAUGGUGAGACACCAGAGUCGCUUGGCAAUGAGCAGGAAGAUAACUCUGAAGAAGAUAGAGUACCGCAACCAUUUGCGUUUGCUGCAGUAAAGGUAGAAGUUGAGCUUGAUCCUCAGGAAGUUGUAGAAGUAAAAGUUGAGCCAGAUAUUGGAAUAGAUUUUGAGGACCAUGAUGCUGGUGUGGAUGGCAUUGGUUCACAGGAUGUAUCAAGUCAGUAUGCUGCAGGUGGUAUAGGGAAUUGUCCAAGUGAGUGGCCACAUAAAUGUUCAGAAUGUGGAAAAUCUUUCCCAACUUUUGCUGGUGUGCAGAAACAUGCAUAUAAGCAUAAACCAAAGUUAUUUUCAUGUGAUAUUUGUGGCCAGAGUUUCUAUCAUCCCAACUUGCUGAAGACACACAAACUGGUACACACAGAUGGAAAACCUUAUUUAUGUGAAAUAUGUGGAAAAAGCUUUUUGCAGGCCUCUAAUUUAAGGUUACAUUCUGUCAAACAUAAAGGGGAGAAGAGUCAUGAGUGUAAAAUGUGCAAAAAGAAGUUCUUCCAUGCAGAUACACUUAAAACUCAUUACAUGAUUCACAGUGGUGUGAGACCACAUGUGUGUGAGAUCUGCAAUCGAAGAUUUACUCAGGCUGGUAAUCUAAAAACGCACAUGUUGGUGCACACAAGGGAAAAACCAUUUCAGUGUACUGUUUGUGGUAAGAGUUUUGCCUUGCGUCAUGCCUUAUCUAGUCAUCAGACACUCCAUACUGGAGAAAAGCCGUACAAAUGUGACGUAUGCAGUAAGCAGUUUCGUCAUCGUCAGGCUCUUAUUAAUCACCAGAAACUUCACACUGGAGAUAGACCAUACGAGUGUGACAUAUGCAGGAAAAAAUUUGCUUUACGUGGCAAUCUCCAAAAGCACAUUGUUAUGCACAUGAGUGAGAAACCCUACAACUGUACUUUUUGUUCGAAAAGAUACCCUGACACACAGUCCUUGAAAGAACACGUUGCUUCUCAUGUCGAUAACAAACACUAUAAAUGUAAUGAGUGUGACGAACAGUUUCCAAAUCAGGAGGCAUUAGAGAAGCAUUCUGAUGACCACAAGGGAGAGAUUGUUGUUGGCUUGUAGGUAACUGUGUUGUACAUAUCUUUCCUUACAGCUUAUAUACUUCAUAAGUAAUCAUGCGGUGUAAUAUUUCCCAAUUUGCUUUCUCACAGACCUGUGUAUAAAAUUGUAUGGAGAGAUGGAUAGUUCAGAGUAUGUCAUUCCAAUGGAAUUCUUUAGAUUAAAAACAAAUUGCUCUUCUAUGUGAAUUAAGCUUGUAAUGACAUUUGAGAUUCUCAAGAGGUAAAUAUAUCAGUGGUGAUGUUCUGGGUUUUUAUGUUAUGUUGGCAUGUGGAUGGAUACCAGCAUUUUGGAAGAACAUACUGCUUCAAUCUUCACAACUCAGAAAACUUGUAGUGUGUAAAAGGACAAAGAAAUAAUAAGCUAGGAAUGAAUCUGCAUAUUGCAAUACAAAAGCAUUUAAAAAAUAACUAUUGUAUUAUGUACUAUAUAUGUGUGUGUCCUUUUAAUACUUGGUUAUAUGUAAACUGGAGCUCAGUGUUGCCAUGAAGUUUUUAUGUGCCUUUAGAAAGUAAAUUAUAUGUGUGUAGCCACUUCAAUUUCUAUUAUGAAUUUGAGAUUGGGCUGCAAGUGCCAAUCAUUUCAGUUCAUUCUUUGACUUGGUAUGUUGUGUGAUUUCUGUGUUAAAAUUUGGGUGGUCUGAACCAUUGUAUACUGUUAAAUAAAAUCCUAACAGAUAAGUAUAUUUCUCCAUGUAAUGUCUGAAAUGUCAAUAUAUGAGCUUCUGUGACUGUGGUCCUCUGAGUAAUGAUAUUGUAUAGUCAUAUAGGUGGUAACCAGCAUUUUUGUGGUAUGUAUCACUGCCAUAUUUAGGAUAAACUUUUGUUUACAAAUUAUAUAUAAGCAUUUCUGAGUUAUGGUACUUUAGAACUGUCACUGAUACCUGUUUAGCAUAUUUAUGUUUUUGUUUAUAACAUAAAUGUGUAAUUCCAGAAAAUUGUCUUGAUGGCAAAAAUAGAUGGAAUUUAUUGAUUGGAUUAUCAGUCCAA